UCAGCCGUCAUUUGUAAUUUUGUAAUUUUGUAGGCUAGCUACAGCUAGAUUGUUGUGUGUGGUUUUCGUUUCGUGUUUGUUUCAAAAAAAAUAUUUUCAAUAUUGAAUAAUAACAAGUGGCCUAAGGAUAUUUCAUACAAAAAGUUUGAUAAGGGUUUUUAUUUGAAACAACAUUAUGAGGCAAACUUCAAAUGAGAAAUCAAAAAAAAAAAAUUCUAAAUCAGAUGACGAUGAUAAUGUGAGAUACAAAAUAAACACGAAAAUUUUCAACAGCAUAACAAAACCACUUAAACCUACUAGAAAUAGUAUUAAAUUUAUCAAUGACGAUGACAAUGUUAGAUACAAACUACCAAAUCUACCAACAGAGAAACCCAAGCCGGUGGAAAGAAAGCCAAAGCCAAAACCCAAAAUUAAAGUCAACUUCUGGAGUAAUAGACAAACUAACAAGACAACCAGACCAGAGGUUGGCAAAGAUAUUAGUCGAAGACACACUAUAGGCAUUGACAAGAUUGUUGUUAAGCCUAAAACAUCAGCAGUUAAAGUGCGUAAACGGGUUUCUUUCCUUCCGUCCCCUUUAUUCUCAGAUAACCAUAUACCCAUGGUGACUGUGCCGGAUGAUUUGACAAUACAAUUAAAUGAAGAAGAAGCAAAUGACCUUGCCGAGGACCUUAAUCUAGGUAAUGAGCAAUUAGCAGAGAAAUCUAAAGAAAACUCUGUCAUAACAGGUAGGCAAACAAGCCAGACUAGUCCUAAGGCCAGCCAGAGAGGUGCUAAACGUAAACACAAUUCACAAGACUCGGACAGAAGCCAAGGUAAUAAUGAUAAUGAAUUGGAAUUUUUCUCUAAAUAUGUUGUUCAAAAGCUAAGGAGAAUGGAGACAAACCAACGAAUCUAUUCUGAAAAUUUAAUUAACACUGUCCUUAUGUUGGGACAACUAGCUAAGUUGAAUCAGAAAUGUAAAAUUUCUGAAGCAUAAGUUAUAUUAUCGUCAAUCUAUUUUAGGCCUCCAUCCUUAUAGGAGAGGGAAUAUAGAGCUUAGACUCACCACACUGGCCCCAUGGGAGUUGGUGGGUUUACAAUGAUAAUGUUAAAUUCAUUAUGGACCACUAUCAAAUAUUAAUGACAAUUACUGGAACCAACAGCGAAACAUGCUCUCUAAGCUCAGACCAAUUAUUCUAUAGGACAUGCCUUGCUAGGCAUUACUUUCUGUUAAAGUAUAUGAUCAAUGAUCUAAUGCGACAAUAAAAACUGUGUGGUUUCAUAGUAGUAAUCGUGUUUGUCUGUUAAAGAGCUCCGUAAAAACACCUUUUUGUGUAAUUGAAUGAUGUAAAAAACUGACAAAAACUUCUAGAUUAGUAUAAAAUAUAUACCACAUCUAAGCUCAUUUUUCUCAGAAAAUGACAGACAAUUUUCUUUGUGAAUUUUGGUGCUGGCCCUUCUAUAAUGGUCCGAGUCUGAUGCAUGGGGUGUUAACACCGAUUAUUAUAUUGAUAUGUUGUAUACCUUAAAAUAUUAUGCUUCAGAAAUUUUAGAUUAAAUAUUUAUUGAUUAUAUUUACACAUUUAUUUAGUUUGUAACUAGAAUAACUACUUGUAUUUAUUGUAAAUGAAAAUAUUAACUCUUACAAGUACUUUAUAUUCUAGACAAAGGUACAGUUCAGACUAUAUUGUAAUUUUAUAAUUAUUAUUGCAUUCAUCAUCAUCCACCAUCAUCGUCAUCAUUAACAGCCGAUGGUUUUCCACUGCUAGACAUAGGUCUCUUUCAUGGACUUCUAAACACCAGUCUCGAGGUGCCAACAUCAAGAUGCUUGAAACUUUAAUUUUAUGACACUUUUAAGACAUUUUGCCAUCACAGGCAACAGUGUAUGUUGUCAGCAAUCUGUGAACUGAAGUGGCAAUGGGCAGGCCACAUAGUUUGAAGCCAAUGAACAUUGGGGUCCCAAGGUGCUUAAAUGGCGAUCCCACACUGGAAAAUGCAGUGUCUUAUUGAAUUACAAAUUAAAAAUUGUCAAUAAAAUCUUGAAAAACAUCUAUUUUAGGGUACCUCCACUACAUGUAAAGUGGGGAUAAAUUUUUCAUUUACUCAUUUAUCUUAUAGUGUAGAAUAUGGGUGGGAAGGGUUUUUAAACAUCCGAGGAGUCAGCAAAUACUAUUUUUCGAUUCAGGAUCUGGAGUCAAGAGUCAAGUGUCUACAGAACCCUACACUGUGCGUGUACCGUCAUGCAUUUGGCCUAAUUAUUAUGAAAGAUGAACUUUUAUAUAAGCACAUUACAAUACAUCUGAGAUGCAGUUAUAUAAUGAAGAUGUUAUUGACUGGCAAAUUGUAGGUGAAAUUCCUAACCAGAACCUGAUGGUUCUGUUUAGCCUGUACAUCAAGUACAGGCUAGAUGCUAGUGACUUAAGACUAGUGUGUCGAAAACCUUACAAAGAGCCUAUUUCCUGGAGUGCGUAACUAAUAAUGAUGAUGAUGAUGAUGAUCAAUUCUGUACAAUGUGUGAGUCAAAUGUUCACUUGUCAAUUAAUAUAAAGCAGAUGUCUAAGGUAAAGUAGUCUGAACUGCUAUGAUGUAUACUGACCAGUGGUAUAUCCAAGCCAGGGUAGCUAGGGCUCUAUGUAUAAAUGAAGUGUGUGCCACUUAUACCAAUAUUUUUGUACAUAAUUAGUUAAGUAUAUGUAUUAUGUGAUUAGAAAUUUAUAGGUUUAACCACUAAACCAUGGUUUGUCUUGGCUCUUAAGAUUUCAGAUAUUAUUAAUUAUUAUUGAUCAUGUGUAUUAUACAGGGUGUCCCGAAAUUAAUGGAUAUAAAAUGCAAAUAAUAGAUACACCACCUAAUUAUCUAAAACUAAUUUGAAUUGUUUUCCAAAAAUCUCUAUGGUGACCAAGUUAUAUUUUUUUUUCGGAUUGUUCAAAUUUUUAAUGUAAUUAAAAUUUUAAAGAUCUGAUUUUUUUAUUGCGAAUUAAAUUAUCAAUGUACUAUAAUAAUACUUUUAUAAAUAAUGUUUUAUUUGUUUUGUAGAAGAAGCUUUGAAUGCAAUAAUUAUUUUUCUUUAAGAUGACCCGAUUUAAUAAAAUUGUUCUAUUAUUUUAAAACUUACAAAACAAUAUAACUUGGUCAGCCUAGGGAUUUUUGGAAAACUAUUCAAACUAGUUUUAGAUACUUAGGUGGUGUAUCUAUCAUUUGCGUAUUAACCAUUAAUUAUUAUGGAACACCCUGUAUAAUGAAAGGUGUGUCACAAUUUUAUGAACUUCAUAAAUUUAACCAUGUUAAGAUUUGGAUUGUUGCAUUAUUUAACAGAGUAAUUUAAUAUUAUUAUUAUAAAAAUAUAAUAUUGUUGUUAAACUGAAACUUACGUCAUAGUUCAGUGCAUAGACAGAGAAAGUAAUAGCAUCUGUUGGUUCCUCAACAGGACAGCAUGUGUGUAGUCUAUAAAUCUAAAUUAAUUGUGGUGUUGUAGAAGGUAAUCUCUGGAUUUACUAAAUAAUAAUAAUUUCUUUAAUUCAGGUUAUACGCCCAUUUUAAAUAUACAGAUAUACAAAAAACAGUUAAAUAAUAAAUCUACAGUAAAGUAUACAUACAUACAAACCUAAUAAUAUAAAUAUUAAUUAAUUAGGUACAAUAAAACAUUUCCGAGUUUGAAAAAUCUUUUAUCACUAGAAAGCCACGUUAUUUGUAAGCGUCAGGCUAUUUUAGCCCCAUAUUUUCACGGGAACGGGAACUACGGGGCUAGUAACUAAUUUGACAUUUGGUGUCAGUAUGCAUGAAGUUUUUGGGACCCAAAUUUGAUAUUCAGUACUACAUUUUAUAAUUGUACGAAAAAAUAAAACAGAAUUGUAGUGAGCUUACAAAUUGCAGUCUCAACCUAUUAUUAUAAGCAACUCGUUUUACCAAAAUUAUAAUAUAUUGGUCAAAAAACGUUUUAGUACAUUGUGUUGUGAUGUGACAAUUGUAUCAAAAUCGAAUAUCUUCAGACUGCCGAAGGUAUGUUAAUCAGUUGUCUAUUUCAUUCUCUGUCUAUGGUUUCAAGUUCAUGGUUAUUUUUGAUAAAUCAUAGUAAAUAUUUUAUGGAUUCCUACUCCUUUUAAGUAAAUGCAAGUUGAUUUUUCACUAUAAAUACCUGUUAGAAUUCACACUUUCUGUGAUCUUUGCAAGGUUUAAUAGAAAUAAUAAUAAUAUUUUAAUAAGUAUAACAAUAAAAUGCCAAUUCCAAUAAAAAUAAUUAUUUAGUAUAAGCUAGAUUUUUGUUACAUAAUAAGCGCACAAUUAAAGUACACUAAUUGUUAUUUUGUUAUUUUAGGGGCAAUUUUUUAUUGGAAAACGAUUUUAAUUAAUUUCGACCAAUGAAAAUUUGCCCUAACAUUAAUAAUUGUUUUAUGAACAUAUCAAUUGUAUGAAUAUAUUGAACCAUCUUUAGUAAAAAUAUAAUAAUUUUCAUAAGAUUCUUAUAUGUAUGUAUAAACAUAAUUGCAUCGCUUCGAAGGCAUGACAAUACAUUAUUUUUGAAGUCGAUUUAAAAGACAUUUAAUUUCAUAAUUUCUAAUUACUUAAUUAUUAUUAUUAUGUUGAAAAGUUCCGGUUAUGUUACUUUUUUUUUAUAUUACAUGUUUAUUAUAUUUGGGCAAUAUUGCUGGCUCAAUCGUGGAACGAGUGUGCGUUUUUUUUUCUAUUUUUGAAUAUUUUGUACUGUUGUAGUUGACUGCCUUAUUAUACAUAAUAAUAAUAUAUAAAAUUUAUAACUAA